GUAUACUUACUGUAUGGUUAGGAUUAGGGUUUGGCUUUGGUUUCAAUGCUCACAUAUUAAUAACGGCUUCCUAAUGCCUACAAUUUAUAUACAGAAUUACUAUCCAACGAUAUAACUGCAAGAGAAACCAAUGAAAUAUAUGUUUUCUUCCCAUCUUAUAUUUAGGGGUUCAUAGUGCAUGACAUUUCCUUUCUGAACAACGUAUGUUUGGAUACGGACACAUCCCUAAUGGGAAGUGCAAAAUAUUUUUGAUUUGUUAGGAAUUUAAUAGUUAAUAGGAAACGCUGAUUUUUUGAGUCCGGACUAUCCAUACUAUAGAUUGGGAUGUUCUUGUAUUAAAAUACUGGUAUUUUUGAUGUCCAUUGUGCACAAAAAAUUGAUAAAAAUUGUGAAUUGUGAUUAAAAAUUGUGAAUAAUCUUUUAAUCGAAUAGAUCGAUUUAACCAAUCGAAUCGAAUCAAGAACUCUGGCACUACAAAAUUUGUGAAACACAAAAGGGACUGUGUUGAAAGAGAAUAGUAAUAUUGAGACAACAUUUAUCUCUGUAGGGGAGUGUGUGAUAGAUUAAAACAAUAAUUAGAUGUCAUUAUAUAAUUCAAGAAGGAACAUAAUUAAAAAGCGUUCAUGAAAUGGGUAAAAAUUCAAAAACCGUUUUCUCAAAUAAUGUAAAUGAAAAGCUCUUGUGGAUCUGAGAUCUAUUAGUCAAACUAAGGUAUGUUGGUGAUUGAUUAGUUUUGUCUGAUGAUACACUAGGGGAAACUUUCGCGGGCUUUCUAAAUGCGUAACGUUUCAGUCCAGAAAUCCCCUGAAAUUUCAUCUUAAGUUUCAUCUUAUUGUUUCCCUCCUUUUAAGGUAAGAGGGCUAAUGUUUGGUAGAAAGUGUAAAAUGGGUUAAUGCAUAAUAUUUCACUGUUUCUAGUGGCUGUUUAACUUUUUUAUGCAUUUGAAAGAGUUAACUGAUUCACAGUAAAGAGCACUGGUAAGAGGUGCGACAGUUGUGCACAGAAACUCCGAAAUUGUGUGACUCAGUCCAAGACCUGCUUUAGCUACAAACACCAUGCUGGCUGAACAGGUGGAGAAAAUGAAGAAGAGGAAACGUCCUGAUGACUUCGACGCUGGAGCUGGAGAUGUGCAGUGUGACGUCUGUACUGGAAGAGCCGUCAAGUCCUGUUUGGUGUGUCAGGAAUCUUACUGUCAAACUCAUUUUGAUCAUCAUGAGUAUUUUCAUUCACGUAAGCCACACAAAGUGAUCGAUGCCACUGGAAGUCUGCAGGAAAUGAUCUGCCAGAAACAUGAGAAACAUCUGGAAAUGUACUGUAUUACUGACCAACAGUACAUUUGUGAGCUGUGUACAAAAUAUGAACAUAAAAACCACAACACUGUAUCAGCUGCAGCACAGAGGACAGAGAAACAGAAGCAGCUGAAGGAGAUGCAGAAGACGUUCCAGCAGAAAAUCCAGCAGAGAGAGAAAGAUCUUCAGCAGCUGAGAGAGGCUGUGGAGUCUCAUAAGCGCUUUGCAGCGGAGGACAGUGAGCAGAGUAUCUUUACUAAGCUCAAUUGUUCAAUUGAGAGAAGCUGCUUUGAGCUGUUCCGGCUUCUGAUUCCUGAUAUCAGAGAUCAGGAAAAGGCUGCAGUGAAUCGAGCUGAAGGACGACUGAAGCAAAAAGAGCAGAAGAUCAGUGAUCUGAGGAGGAGAGACGCUGAGCUGGAGCAGCUUUCACACACACAGGAUCACAUCCAGUUCCUGCAGAGUUUUCAGUCUCUCUCAGCACCUCCUGAAUCUACAGACGUGAAUGACGAUCCAUUCAGUUCUGUCUUCACUUUUGAUGACCUGAGAGAAUCUGUCCGUCAGCUGAAAGAUAAACUGGAGGAUUCCUGCAAAGAGGAGCUCAAGAAGAUCUCAGACAAAGUUACAUCCACCAACAUUGUUCCCAGCAUCAGGAACGACUUCCUAAAAUAUUCCCGUCAGCUCACUCUGGAUCCGAACACAAUGAAUAAACACCUCCGUCUGUCUGAGGGUAACGGAGAGAUUACUGUCACUGACACAGUCCAGUCGUAUCCUGAUCAUCCAGACAGAUUUGAUUAUUGGUAUCAGGUGUUGUGUAGAGAGAGUGUGUGUGGACGCUGUUACUGGGAGCUGGAGUGGAGUGGAGAGAAAGGUGUGUAUAUAUCAGUGUCAUAUCAGAGCAUCAGCAGGAAGGGAAAGAGUAAUAAUUGUUUGUUUGGAUGUAAUGAUCAGUCCUGGACUUUAGAGUGCUUUCCUUCCAGAUACUCAUUCGCACACAAUAACAAACGGACUGAUCUCCGUGUAAAGCCCAUCAGCAGUAAAAUAGGAGUGUUUGUGGAUCACAGUGCAGGAACUCUGUCCUUCUACAGCGUCUCUGACACAAUGAGCCUCAUCUACACAGUCCAGACCACAUUCGCUCAGCCGCUCUAUGCUGGCUUUGGUGUUUAUUUAGGAUCAUCAUUGAAACUGUGUUAUUAAAUCAAAAUACACUGAUGAUAGAUUCUUCCUGUAAUGCUUUGAGCUGCAUGAUAAAUCAGAAAUAGUGAGAUGUUAUAGAGUUGCUUCUUUUCUCUUCUACAUUAGUCAGAAUAAAUGUAUGUAAUAAAUACUCAUAUACACAGUAAGA